AUGGCGAUCGCACUAGUAUUACUCUUCAUCAAAACUUGCGCCUGCAUAACUGUGCCAGUUAUACUUAUAGACCCACAGGCCGUUUUGCGUCAAGACAUCUCUAAGAACCCCUUCAAGGAUAUGUCGUCCGAUCAUUUUGCUUCUCUCGCCCUUGACGCGAUUCACAAAGGCGACGGCGUCCUCAUUUUCGUUGAAGAAAAACUUAGCGUUGAAGACAUCGCUUCAAAAGAUAAGCUUGGAAAUCCGUACCGCCAUAUACAAAAGACCUUUGUAGAAGAUAAGGCGAAAUAUAUUCCUAGAGUUAUAGAACCUUUUAGGACUCUUGAGAAGGUUCUACCUCCGAGAAGAGAUAAUGUUAUGAUCGCUGCUACUUAUUUAAGGUUGAAUGACAGAUUGAACUAUCAGUAUAUAUAUUUUGAGGGGGGUAAAGUCAAUGAAACUAGAGUACAAACUCUGAGGCGACAUGAUGAUUUUAUUAAGGAUGCUUACCUUAAUUUUUGUUUGAAGCGUAAAGGGCCAGUAAUUGCCUUUUACACGGGCAAGUCCAACCCCAUGCUGGACCCCGACCGGAGAUACAAGCCUCCCAGCCCCAGCAAGCUGGACUCGCCCUCCGACACCGUCAUGUUGGUGACCGACCAGGCGCUCAUCCGGCUCUCUGUCUUCUACACGUGCAAGUCCAAUCCCAUGCUGGACCCCGACCGGAGAUACAAGCGUCCCAGCCCCAGCAAGCGGGACUCGCCCUUCGACACGGUCAUGUUGGUGACCGACCAGGCGCUCAUCCGGCUCUCUGAAGUAGUACACCACGAAGGGCCGAAGCGCACGCAUCUCAUCGGGCCGCGCGCCUCCACCCGCCGGUUCGCGAGACGGCGCGCGUCGACGCGCGUGUUCUACGACGGAGACUUCGAGCUGGACUUCAACUUCGAGUAUCUGCGGGAUGGCUGGCUGCUUGACAGCGUUGUCCUAUUGGAGGACGGCGAGGAGGUCGGACGAACGCCCAUGGGCGUCGGCGCGCCGUACGAUUGGUCCUACUUCUGUUCCGAGCCUCUCAUUAUAGGCAACUCGAGGGACAAGAGCUAUGUCUCCAUAUCCAAGUAUCAGGUGGAGCCUCUACAAAUCAAUUCGAAUUACCUCAAGUUACAAGACCCACCAGCACCAGAUGGUGACGCACCAGCACCAGGUGGUGACGGACCAGCACCAGGUGGUGACGAACCAGCACCAGGUGGUGACGCACCAGCACCAGGUGGUGACGCACCAGCACCAGGUGGUGACGCACCAGCACCAGGUGGUGACGCACCAGCACCAGGUGGUGACGCACCACCACCACCACCACCACCACCACCACCACCUGCAGAUGGUGGAUCAGACAAGACGGGCUUCACCAACACUCAGAGCUGCGGCACCAACUUCAACUGCCACAUUCUGGCUGGCCUGUUCGUGGCGUUCCUGGUUAUAAGCAUCACGUUCUGCGGCAUCAUCGUACUGUACGACUGCAAGAGCAACGACCGCAUGGACGACCCUACCCAGAAGCCUCUCGUUAUAGUUGCUCAGCUUUAA